AUGGCGCGGGGGCGCGGCGCGGGUCCGGCGGCCGGAGCGGCGCCGCGCCACGUCGCUCCCGCCCUUCCUCCCGCCCGGCAGCCUGCAGUCGGCCCGCCCGCCCCUCGGGAAGCCGGGGAGGCGGGGGGUGUCCCGGGCCGGCCGCCCCCGCCCGCGCUGGAAUCUGCGGCUCGGGGCACCGGCCGCCCGCGGCGCGGAGCGAACGGGCCGGGGACAGGGAGCGUGACUCGGGGUGAUGCAGGCUUUCUGAUCCAGAGGAGUGAAGCUCAGCAUCAGAGAGAGUCUGCAGUCAGCAAGGAGAUUCCUAUUCCUGACUCAAGUGAGAUAGACUGGGAUCUGACUGCAGGAAAACAGCCCAGCUGGGCAAGGCUCGGGCACAAGUCCUACCUCAGUAACGCCACCACGGCAGAGGCAGGCAGCGGGCAGCACGACUCAAGGCGUUUUGGACCAAGCAGCGCUGUGAGCAGGCAGCGGCAGGAGGUGCGGCUGCAGGCCGCGCUGUGGCGGGAGCGCCCGAGCGCUGCUUCGGCACUUUCCGUCACGCUCCGCCGAAGAGUGCCGAAGAGGCGCCGCGCAUGCGCGCCGCGGCGGCGGGGCCUUAUGAUGGCGGCGACCGAGGCGCGGGCUCUUGACGUGUUCCCUGCCGCGGGCUCUGCGCCGGCCGAGGCGGCAGCCGCGCACCCGGCGGUGGGCGAGCCCGAGCCGGAGCCCGAGCCGGGCGCCGCGGUAGCCGAGGCGGGCGCCGCGGUGGCCCAGGCGCCGCCGCCGCUGCCCGGGCUGCGGCUGUUGCAGCAGGGCGCCGAGGCGCACGUGUACCGCGGGCUGUUCCUGGGCCGGCCGGCCGUGGCCAAGCUCCGCGUCCCCAAGCGGUACCGCCACCCGGCGCUGGAGGAGCGGCUCAGCCGGCGGCGCACGGCGCAGGAGGCUCGCUCGCUGCUGCGGUGCCGGCGGGCAGGGAUUUCGGCUCCAGUGGUCUACUUUGUGGAUCAUGUCACCAACUCCAUAUACCUUGAAGAUAUCGUAGACUCAGUUACUGUUCAAGAUCAUAUUUGUUCUGUACAAAACAGUGGAGAUGAUACUAGUAGCCUUAUUCCCUUAGCAGAGAAGAUGGGUGAGCUGUUAGCAAGAAUGCACGAUGAAGAUCUUAUCCAUGGGGAUCUUACAACUGCCAAUAUACUUAUGCGGCCCCCGGUGGAGAAACUGGACUUGGUGCUGAUAGACUUUGGCCUCAGUUUUAUUUCAGGCCUUCCAGAGGAUAAAGGAGUUGAUUUGUAUGUUCUGGAAAAAGCUUUCCUUAGCACUCAUCCAGAUACUGAAGCUGUGUUUAAGGCUUUGCUGGAGACCUAUGCAGCUACGUCUAAAAAAUCUGGUCCUGUGAUCAAGAGGCUGGAUCAAGUACGACUAAGGGGAAGGAAGAGAUCCAUGAUUGGUUAGAAAAGGAUGGGCUUAGGGAUGGGGAAAUGUUCCUACUUUGGUUCUGUAAACAUGGUUAUUUAUAUUUCCAGUUACUUCAGAGAUCACUAUAUUGAUAGCUGUGUCUUCAAAUAAAUGUGGAUGAGUUUAAGUAUAAUAAAGUAACCAACGUAACUGUGAGAUGGUG